UGAGAGAAUUUACCUGUCGGGACAUUUUCAAACAUCGUGGUCCUUCACUCUGUCGAGAACGAAUCUGGACCGAGAGGAAAAUCAUUUCACUUUAACUUCAAACACUGAACAUGGAAAACGGAUGAUUCGGACAGGAAGUGUGAAGGUCCGUUCUGAAGGCAGCACCCCGUCACGUGACAGACCUGGAGUCCAUCAUGGUGCCCUGCAGGACGCUGCUGUUGUAUUUACGCUCGGCGAUGUGGACGCUGCUGUUCUACUGCGCGUGUUUCCAGCUGACGGAGGUUCUGACCGAGGACGUGCAGAGCUGCGAACAUCUGCGGCUCGGACACGUGGACUCCUUCACUCGGCUCAUGUAUCUGUGUAAUGGCCCCAAGAUCGACGAGGCCACUCAGGAGCCGGAGAGCUGCCGGGACACGAGGGCCUGGGUGGAGUGCCUUCCAGCUCCAAAUAUCAGCUGUCGACUCUCAAACGGGACGGAGUUCAGGUUCAGUGGGAAGGAGGUGGGAUUCAACAAAACCAUCUCCUGCAGGAAUGUGAGUGGUUAUUCCUACAAAGUGGCCGUGGCUCUGUCUCUGUUCCUGGGAUGGAUUGGAGCGGACCGCUUCUACCUGGGAUAUCCUGCUCUGGGCCUGUUGAAGUUCUGUACCGUUGGUUUCUGUGGAAUCGGCACACUGAUCGACUUCAUCCUGAUCACCAUGCAGAUUGUGGGGCCAGCUGAUGGAUCAAACUACAUUGUGGAUUAUUACGGCGCCCGUCUGACCCGCCUGUCCAUCACCAACCAGACGUACAGGAAGCCUCACCUGUCGCUGUGACGGGAAGUCCCAUUGUCCUUGAACUCAUUCUGGGAUAAAUGUCAGGAUGUUAACAGAAACUCGUGUCAAUUCGUCUCCGUGAAAAGAAUGAAAAUAUGUUCAGAUAUGAAUUUUUAACCGGUUGAACCUCAGGUCCUGGGACGCUGGUUAAAUAUCAGCCGGUUCCUCAGAGAGUAAAGAAGUGACGUGUUUCGCCUAGUCUCAUAACUUCUACAGAUUCAUAUUCAUAUUUACAUCACAUUCAUCACCACUGACUCUGAUCCUUGUCUGAUCCACAGGAAGAGUCUGGAGUUUAUAUGGAAACUAUGUAGAUAUGAAACUUUAUUUCAGCUUUGAAAUCCUUUAAUAAACAUAAAGAAUAUUCAUAAUAAUAAUCUUCAUGUUUGGUGCCGUGAUCAGGGAGAAAAACCAAGAAGUUCUGUUGCCUGAAUCAAACCAAACAGCUGAAAACUGAAAAUAUGAAUAAUUGUAAUAAUCAAUAAAGAAAAAGCUUUAAAAAAUAAAUAAUAAUAAACAAGAAUCUGUCGCAUAUUGUCAGCAGCUGCUGUAUCGAGGCCCCGCCCCCCCUCACUCUCCACCAAUCCUGAGUCAGUGUCAGCUGUCAGUCAUGACCUCUCUCUCUCAGACGUGACCACAGACGGGAUCCGACAGAACGACUCAUCAACAUGUUUCAGAUUCAUUUCACGAUGUUUCACGUCCUCACAUCUGUCAAUCAGUUUUUGUUUAUAUAUACAUAUAUUAUAUAUUAAGUAACAUAUUGUGUUUCACUGCUACUGUUUAUUUAUGUUGAUGAUACAUUUCCAUGAAUCUUGUAAAUAAAGUUUCUUUUUGUGUAAAUCUU